AAGAAGCCCACCGGUCCAAAUCUCCGACUCCGACAGCUGAGACUUGAUUGGUCUUACCUAGAUCUCUGCGACUCUUGUGUGUCUCUCACCUUUGAUUGAUCUCCGCAUCUUCUGACCUUCCUUUAUUCCAAACAAAGGAAAAAGCUUGCUCUGUUCGGAGAAUAUUUCCAGGCAGCAGAGCAAUCCAUGCAUAUUUGCCUUUUAAUCUGAUUGAAUCAUCAGUGACUUGCUGUGGGAGCCCCUGAUCGCCAUGGACGAGGAAAAUGCUUUUGAGCUUCUACAACGUUAUCGUCGUGAUCGACGUGUACUUCUUAAUUUUAUCCUCUCUGCCAACUUGGUCAAGAAAGUCAUAAUGCCUCCCGGUGCCGUUUCAUUAGAUGAUGUGGAUCUAGAUCAAGUCAGUAUUGAUUAUGUCCUAAAUUGUGCUAAAAAAGGUGAAAUGCUUGAACUUUCAGAAGCAAUUAGAGCGUACCAUGAUAGUACUGGCUUCCCAUCCAUGAAUAAUGCAGGUUCGGCAGGUGAAUUCUUUUUAGUUACGAGUCCUGAGCCUUCAGGUUCACCCCCAGGGAGGGCACCGCCACCAAUUCCUGUCUACACACCUUCACCCAUUGUGUCAAACUCGAACCUAUCAAAAUCUCAGUCCUUUCAAUCUACACAGCUUCAGGAAUUAACUGUGGAUGACAUUGAGGAUUUUGAGGAUGAUGAUGAUGAUGAAGAGGAAGUUGAGAGCCUCAGGGCUUCAAGAAGGAAUCCAACUAAUGCCAGUGAUAUUGUGUUAGGAUUGCCUCCUUUUGCAACUGGGGUUACUGAUGAUGACCUCCGUGAAACAGCAUAUGAAGUUCUUUUGGCUUCUGUUGGGGCUUCAGGGGGCCUAAUUGUACCAUCGAAGGAAAAAAAGAAAGACAAAAAAUCCAGAUUGAUGAGGAAGCUUGCUCGUAGCAAGAGUGACCAUGUUGUGCCCCAAUCUGAACAUGCCCCAGGGUUAGCUGGUUUGCUGGAGACCAUGCGCAUCCAGCUGGAGAUUUCAGAGGCAAUGGAUGUGAGAACAAGGCAAGGUCUGGUUAAUGCUCUUGUAGGUAAAGCAGGAAAAAGAAUGGAUACUCUUUUGGUUCCUCUUGAACUGUUGCACUGUAUCUCGCGAACAGAGUUUUCUGACAGGAAAGCUUAUGUGCGGUGGCAAAAGAGGCAGCUAAAUAUGCUGGAAGAAGGGCUUGUAAGUUAUCCUGUUGUGGGAUUUGGAGAAUCUGGGCGUAAAGCUAGUGACUUGAGGAUUCUUCUGACAAAGAUUGAGGAAUCUGAGUCUCUUCCUUCAUCUACUGCUGAACUCCAACGGACAGAAUGUUUAAGAUCUCUUAGAGAGAUUGCCAUUCCACUAGCCGAGAGACCAGCUCGUGGUGACUUAACUGGGGAAGUAUGCCAUUGGGCAGAUGGCUAUCACAUCAAUGUUAAGUUAUAUGAGAAGUUGCUCUUCAGUGUCUUUGACGUUUUGGAUGAAGGAAAGCUUACAGAGGAAGUGGAAGAAAUUCUUGAGCUUCUAAAAUCAACCUGGCGCAUAUUGGGAAUAACAGAAACCAUUCACUAUACCUGCUAUGCCUGGGUACUGUUUCGUCAGUUUGUUGUUAUAGGUGAACAAGGGCUUCUGCAACAUGUCAUUGGGCAAUUGAAGAAAAUACCGUUAAAGGAACAACGGGGUCCACAAGAAAGAUUACACUUGAAAAGCCUUCGUUCUAAAGUUGAAGGUGAAGGAGGGUUUCGAGAAUGGACAUUUUUACAGUCCUUUUUAUUACCAAUUCAGAAAUGGGCUGAUAAACAGCUGGAGGAUUAUCAUCUGCACUUUGCUGAGGGUUCAGUGAGGAUGGAGAAGAUAGUAACAGUUGCAAUGGUUACUCGGAGGCUUCUGCUGGAGGAUUCUGAUUUGGCCCUGCAGCCAUAUGAUACAGAUCGAGAUCAGAUUGAAUUGUAUAUAUCAUCAUCCGUAAAGCAUGCAUUUGCAAGGGCUGUUGAAGUCACAUCAGCGACAGUGCAGGAACAUUCAUUAGCUUUACUUGCAGAAGAGACUAAAAAACUACUGAAAAAAGAAUCAACAAUAUACAUGCCCGUUUUAUCUCAAUGGGAUCCCCAAGCAACUCUUGUUUCAGCAUCCCUUCUGCAUAAGCUUUAUGGGAACAAGUUGAAACCUUUUGUUGAUGGUGUUGAACAUCUGACGGAGGAUGUUGUAUCUGUAUUUCCGGCAGCGGAUAACCUUGAGUACUGUGUAUUAGCACUCAUUGCAUCUACAAGUGGAGAAGAAAAUGUGGAUGCCUAUUGCAAGCAAAAACUUAAACUAUAUCAGAUCGAGACAAUAUCUGGAACUCUGGUGAUGCGUUGGGUGAAUUCACAACUUGGGAGACUCUUAGGGUGGGUUGAACGGGCUAUUCAACAGGAGCGAUGGGAUCCCAUAUCAGCUCAGCAACGACAUGGAAGUUCAAUUGUUGAAGUUUUCAGGAUUGUGGAAGAGACAGUUGAUCAAUUUUUUGCUCUUAAAGUUCCAAUGAGGUAUGGGGAACUGAGCUCCCUGUUUCGUGGCAUUGACAAUACAUUUCAAGUUUACGUAAAUCAUGUCACCGAUAAGUUGGUUAGCAAAGAUGAUCUGAUUCCUCCUGUUCCUGUUCUCACGCGACACAAGAGAGAAAGUGGAAUUAAAGCUUUUGUAAAGAAGGAAGUAAUCGAUCCUAGGUUGCCUGAUGAGAGGAGGUCUAGUCAAAUUAAUGUGUUGUCAACUCCGAAACUUUGUGUUCUAUUGAAUACCCUAUAUUAUGCAAUCAGUCAACUCAAUAGACUGGAAGAUAGCAUUUGGGAGAGGUGGACAAAGAAAAGGCCUCGUGACAAUUUUAGCAUCAAGAGGUCUGUAGAUGAUAAAAUGCGAAGUUCUGUCCAGAAGGAUGCAUUUGAUGGGAGUAGGAAAGAUAUUAAUGCUGCUAUUGACAGAAUUUGUGAGUUUACAGGAACUAAAAUUAUCUUUUGGGAUUUUCGGGAGCAAUUUAUUGACAACCUAUACAAACCUAGUGUUUCACAGACCAGGUUGGAAUCGCUAAUUGAACCACUUGAUGUGGUAUUAAAUCAACUCUGUGAUGUUAUUGUAGAGCCGCUUAGAGAUCGCAUUGUGACAGCACUCCUUCAAGCUUCCCUGGAUGGCUUACUACGGGUGAUUCUAGAUGGAGGCCCAUCACGUGUGUUUUUCCCCAGUGAUGCUAAGUUUUUGGGAGAAGAUCUAGACAUCCUUAAGGAAUUCUUUAUAUCUGGUGGGGAUGGGCUCCCUCGAGGUGCUGUUGAAAAUUUAGUAGCACGUGCUCGGCAGGUGAUAAAGUUCCAUGGUUGUGAGACUCGGGUAUUGAUUGAUGACUUGAAAUCUGCAAGUGGUUUCGAUGUGCAAGCUAAUGGAAGCAAAUUGGGUGCUGACACCCAAACUCUUUUGAGAAUUUUAUGCCACAGGAGUGAUUCAGAGGCCUCUCAAUUCCUGAAGAAACAGUAUAAAAUACCCAAGUCUGCUGCUUAGUGUUGUACCUGUUGGAGGUCCGGUCCACUUGGAGAAGGAAAAUUUGGCAUGUGUAGCAAGAUAGCUUUUAUGUGAAUAUAAUAUAUAUUUUUUUGAA